AUGUCUGACCCCAAAGCUCUGGAAAUCGCUGCUCAGACAGUGUACUACGAUGAAUCGGGAAAGAAGAUCUCGAGGCAAGAGCACAUCGCUCGUUUUUUAAAGCAAAAGAAGGUCAAGACACCGGAAGAACUCGAAAAGGAGCACUACGAGUGGAAUGUUGCGACUUCAACCAAAAGGCAGCAUAAAGAACACAUUGAUGAACUUAUGAAGGUCAGUAGAACCGGAUAUACGCAAUACGCUACAGACGAAGACUUAAACCGACGGCAAAAGGAAGAACUCCGUCCGGACGACCCGAUGUAUAAAUAUUUCCUGCAAAAACGACAAGAGGCCGAAGAGAAGGAAAAUCUGGAGAAAGAAUUAAAUAACAAGGAGAAGGACAGCAAGCCGACCGUUUCCGACUUCCAGCAGGAAUCUACGAAGCCCAAAUACCGCGGACCGCUCCCUGCACCGAAUCGUUUUGGCAUUCUGCCCGGAUAUCGUUGGGAUGGAAUUAGCCGAGGCACGGGAUAUGAGUCACGACGUUUGGUGCGAAUGAAUGUAACAAAAAUGCGCAAGCAGCAAGCCUAUUUGUGGAGUGUUGCAGAUUUGUAAGCAAAGCGGGAUCGAACGAUGUUUACUUCCUUACUUCUUUCUUUAUUUACUUCUUUCUUUAAUUACUUAAUUCUUUGGUAAUUUGUU